UCUGUCUCUGUGUCUCUGCUGAAGCUUCCACCUUUUUUCCUCUUCUAUUACCUUUCACUUGUCAACCACUUAUUUUACACAUGAAGACUGGGCUUGGCUUCUGCUGCCUCAUCUCUCUCUCUCUCUAGAACCAGGAUAUCCUUCAGGUACACUUUCGAUCUUCCUGUGAAAACUCGAUGCAAAGAAAACUAUUAGCAGGGUUAGGUGGAUUGAAGUCGUCGACUCUCAUAGAGGACAGGUGAGUUUCGGAAUUUUAUAUGAAUUCAGUGAGAGGUUAUCUGCAAAUUAUGGUUGGUUUGGUGACUUGAUCUACUUGUCACUAGCAAGAAUGAUCGGCAUCAAGAAACUGUCACCUUUUUGAAAUGUUGCUGGAAGAUAUCAGAUCUUGUGCAGAUUGAUACUUUUAUGGUUUGCGUUGGCAAUCUGAGUCCGAGGUUACAAUAGGAUAAGUCAGCUAGCCGAAAAUAUUUUCUUUUAGUUGGGAGCAAUGAAACCACAAACUUUGUGCCAAGAUAAGCAAUCUGUUGCAGUGAAGCUGGUAUUUUCAUGCUCUGAUAGCAUCAGAGUGAGAACGCAACGAUGGAUCCACUGAUGGGAGCCUUGUAUCCUUCGAACGGUUCUGCUCAGACAAUCAGUCAACAUCUGCCGUUGUAGAUAAUUGUUUAGUUUCUAGACCGACUUUUGAAAGCGCACGACAGAUGUGGAGAGAUGGAUCAUUUGGUUGAUGUUGCGCCAUUUUCAAAUGAUAGUCGUGAUGUACCGUGCACCGAAGAGACUGGAUUUUCUGAUGCAGUCUUUGAUUACAUAAGUCGCAUACUCAUGGAAGAAGAUAUAGAAGAGAAGACAUGCAUGCUUCAGGAUUCUUUGGAUCUAUUGUCAGCUGAAAAAUCCUUUUAUGAGGUCCUUGGCAAAAAGUACCCGCCUUCACCUGAGCCAAAUCGCACCAAUUGCAUCACCUUCAAUGACAAACACACAAAUGACAGUCUCUUAGACAGCACUAGAUAUACUAGCACUAUCGGCAGUAGGAAAAACGGAUACUACGCCAACAUUGGUUGGGUUCAAAAUCAAAGCAAUUAUGGUACAAUGAGUUUUGAAAAAGAUAUUAGUCCGGUGGCGUUUCAACCUAACCGACAGGGUAAUGCACAGAGGCUUGACUUGUGUGGUGAGAGCCAAUUAAUUCGGCAGUUUAGGAUGGGGGUCGAGGAAUCCAGCAAGUUUCUUCCUAAUCAAGCAAGUACCGAACUUCUACAUCAGGAACCAAACGGAAAGAUUGACAAAGCAGACUGCUUCGGUGCAUUAAAGAGAAAAGAGAGUCUCCAUAGGGAGGAAGGAAACAUGGAAGAGAGAAGUAGCAAGCAGGCUUUUGUUUAUGAAGAAUCCGUACUUCGCUCAGAUGCUUUCGAUGUCGUUCUACUUAGUGGCCAAGGGGAGGGCCUGGCGCGUCUUAUGAAUCUCUGUGCAUCGUUGAAGCACAGAGUGAAUGAAAUCGCACACGAGAUUGAAGAGCCCAAAGGUGGCAGAGGUCGCGUCAAGAAGAAGAAAGGGAAAGUGGAGGUAGUCGAUGUGAGGACGCUCCUCAUCCAAUGUGCACAAGCCGUGGCAUCAAAUGAUCAUAAGAGCGCAAAUGCUCUGCUGAAUGAGAUCAGGAAACACGCCUCGCCUUUUGGCAAUGGGACCCAGAGACUCGCUCACUACUUCGCUAAUAGUCUUGAGGGGCGGUUGGCCGGCACAGGGAGCCAGAUAUGGAGAGGCAUCGCCAAUAGGAAAACAACAGCAGCUGAUAUGCUGAAUGCGCACCACCUGUACCUUGCAGCUUGUCCAUUCCAUAGAUAUUCUAUUGCCAUGUCGAACAUGACGGUAUUAGAUAGAGUGGCGGAUAAGAUGAGGAUUCACAUCAUCGAUUUCGGCAUUCAUUAUGGAUUCCAAUGGCCCUCUCUGAUUCAAAGCCUUUCCCAGAGACCUUGUCUAACGAAGCUCCGGAUCACCGGUAUAGAGUUGCCUCAACCCGGAUUCAGGCCCGCAGAAAGAGUCAAGGAAACGGGUCAGCGCUUGGCAAAUUACGCUGAAAGUUUCAACGUCCCGUUUGAGUACAACGCCAUUGCGAAGAGGUGGGAGUUGAUUGAACUAGAGGAACUCAAGAUCGAUAGGGAUGAAGUGACUAUAAUCAACUGCAUGUUCAGGUUCAAGAACUUGUUCGAUGAGACCAUCACGGAAGAAAGUUCACGAGACAUAGAAUGUUCACGAGACAUUGUCCUCAACCUGAUAAGAAGAGCCCAGCCGGAUCUCUUCAUCCACGGUGUUAUCAACGCGAACCACAAUGCCCCAUUCUUCGUCACUCGGUUUCGGGAGGCUUCGCAUCACUUCUCUUCUCUAUUCGACAUGCUUGACACUAUAAUACCCCGAGAAAACCAGGAGAGGAUGCUGAUCGAGAAGGAAAUGUUGGGGAGGCAAGCGUUGAAUACGAUAGCCUGUGAGGGAUGGGAGAGAGUGGAGAGACCGGAGUCGUACAAGCAGUGGCAAUUACGCAACAUGAGGGCCGGGUUUGUGCAGGUGCCCUUGAGCAGGAGGCUAGCGCAGUUCGUAUUUAACGAGAUGGCUUCGCACUACCACAAAGAUUUCGUCGUAGACGAAGUUGGCAAGUGGUUGUUGCUAGGAUGGAAGGGACGGUUUCUAUUCGCCUUUUCUACUUGGAAACCGGCAUAGCGAGAUCGAUAUGUGCGCAUCGUUGAAGGAGCAAAAAAGAAGCCGUCGCUAACAGCGGCUGUCAAAAAUCAGAAGAUGACCGGGGGUGUCGGAAUCCCCUCAUGAUUCUCCUCAGCAUGUUUAUGCCUGGGCCUUUACCAGAUGAGUGAAUGAUUUUUAUUUGAAAAUCCCCUUGUUUAACACGUCGUGUCAUUACCAAUCUAAUCCCAGUGCCCUUUUGAGUGGCGAUUCA